UUUCGUUAUCCUUCCUCUCCCUUACUCACCUUAAUGGUAGCUCAUUCCCCCUCUGUUCCCCUUAACUAGUGUGUUAAAGUUCCUCAGCAACACAAUGGAAACAAUGUUUGUUUUACUUCUCCAAAUUACCCAAACACACCAAAUAGUGAGGCCAUGUAAAAUCUAUAUAAAAAAAAAAACAGAACAGGAAUAUGAAUGAAUCAAAAUCAACACAAAAGGACAUUUUGCAAAAGCUAAGCCCCUCCUUUCACCCCAUGGUCUGCCUUCCUCAUUGUGCUUUCCUACACCUUUCUUUCAGUUCCUGUUUUGUCGCACAGAAGUUCAGCAGACAAAUCGCGUGGAAGGCUGUUUUGCCAAAGUUGUAAGCGCCGUAACCGAAGGAUGUGGUCGCACUGCUAGUCUGCAUGCUACAAAUGAAAAGACAACUGGAUUCAGCUUGGAAGAGCAGCAAAAGGCAACUGAGCUGAAGAUUCUUUCUGACUCGAAGGGUCAUGAAACAAACCACGGGACGUCUAGGAUAGCCCGGGGAGGUGAGCCAACAUGCAGAACACCACAUGCACAGAGGACCGUAUCCACCACGCCCUGGAGAGGUGUCUGGAUGGCCUGGGAACUGGCUCCUCCCUCUCACGGUCCUGGAAUGCUGGGCUGUGCAUGAACCGCUGGAGUCUGGAGGAGCUAGUGAAGAGGGACCCGGACAACUUUCUCAUUCUCCUCCACCAGAUUCUCAGAAAAGCCAAAGAGGUCCAGGAAACGUCCGAGUAUGAGCUGGUGGCCCCACUGGCUAUCAUGUUCUCCAACACCCUCCUGCAGACGCCGCAUUUUCCUGUGGACUCCCAGCUGCUAAUGGAGGCCUAUGCAGUGUUCCACCGCUUCCUGACGUGGCCGGAGCCAUAUUGCAGCGUAUGUCGCAAUCUGCUCUCCACUGUCUGCCAGGAGAUGAAGGCCCCAGGUAUCUCCUACCAUCGGCUGGUGAGACAGGAGCAAGGAUUAGUCACACCCAUCCAGAGGUCAAAGACCAUAACGGUGCUCCUGAUGAACCCGGUGGACGUCCCGCCUGAGUUCCUGUCCGUGGCCGAGCAGCUCAGCCAGACCCAUCACUCCCAGAAGGAGGCCUACAUCACCCUCAUAAAGCAUGCGUACCAGGCAGCCUUCGGCACCAAGUACUCACUCCCCUGCAUGCAGAAGGCCCUGCAGGAUAAAAGUUUGGAGGAGUUGGGUCAGAUCUUCACUGCGGUUUCGGAGCUCAUGGAGUCAGCUGCCUCCAUGGAAGAUCCGGAUAAAGCCCGGGCCGACUUACUGCAGGGCCUGGAAGGACUGAAGGAGAGGGUUGGCAUCCAUGUGUCCAAUGGCAGGAGAUCAGAAGGACAGUUGCAGACUCUCCCUCUGCCGAUCGCCAGAACUUGCAUGUAUGAGUGGGACAAGGACAAUUUUGAUAUUUUGAACCAGAUUCUGGAAGAUGAGCUUGCACAAAUUCCUGCUGAAGAAGGACUGGACGAGGAUGAUGAUGAGGAGGAGAAAGGGGAGCGGGACGAAGAGGACAUUUCGGAGGAAGACGACAUUGUGACGAAUGGCUGUGUGGAUCAUAGAGCCUCCACCAUCUCCACCAUGUCCACACUAUCCACAAUCUCCAAGGACUCCAUGUUCUCCACGAUCUCGGUCAUUUCAAACUGCUCUAUGCCCUCCGUGUUGUCGGUGGCUUCUGGAGCAGACAGUGACUUCUGUGAAGACAUGGAAGAUAUCCUGCCAGAGCGGGGCACCAAAACCAAGCCUGGUUUAAGUCAACGCUUUUCCAUGCUCUUUAAGCCAAGAAGCAGCCAUUCCCUGUCCCGCGCCAAAAGUCUGGGCAGUUCCGAAACCAAAGACUUUGUGGUGGUGCGAUCGAAACGCUCCAACUCUCUGCCCCAGCAUGCCCAGCUGCACAAGCCAGAGCGGUUCCCUCUCAAGCCCGUCUGCUUCCGGAGAAGGCCCAUCCUGAGCUGCGACGAGGACAGCAAGGCCACCACUCUCCGUGUGGUAGUGUUUGGUGCCGACCACGCUGCCGGGAAGGUGGCCCGGGCCUACAGCAGCCUGCGUCUGCAGGAGAGCACAAGCCCACACCUCACUCGGGUUUUUAAGCUGCGGUUCUUCUUCAUUCCGGUGAGAAGAAGCAGCUGCAGUAGCAGCCCUUGGAAGAUGUCCGAGAGCCUGCUUCGAGACUCCACCUGCGGGGAGCAGAGCUCGCUUGGCAUGGAAGACAGCACUAAUGACAUUGCACGCUUCAUCGGAAUGCUGGACCCCUGGUACGAGCGUAACAUGCUCAGUCUGCUCAGCCUGCCUAUUGACGUCCUGUGCCAGCAAACCUCAAAAACAGAAACUGACUUUGGCGGCUGUGGCGAACGUCUGUCCAUUCUGGCAGAUCUGGUCUUGUACUACUGUCGCAAUGCUGUCCGACCUGUGCUGGUACAACUCUACCAGGCUGAGCUGACCCUUGUAGGAGGAGAUAAGAGGACUGAGGUCUUCAUCCACUCCCUGGAGCUGGGCCAUGCUGCUGGUACCCGUGCCAUUAAAGCUUUGGGAGCCGCCAGCAAGCGCUUUGGGAUUGAUGGAGAUCGAGAAGCCGUUCCAUUAACACUAGAGGUGGUUUAUAACAAGGUGGGUAUCAGUGGCAGGAGCCAGUGGAACAGAACAGACAAGGUCUGCACGUCCAUAAACCUGACCAAAGCCUGCAAGAAGCCAGAGGAACUUGACUCGAAGAUGGAGUGCCUCCAGAUGACGAUGACGGAAGUGUUGAAGAGACAAAACUCGCGAUGCAAAAAGGCGUACAAUCAGCAACUGUCAAUCACGGAGGUGAAAGUGGACAAAGUGCAGGUGAGCGGGGGAAACACCACCUUCGCCGUCUGCCUGGACCAGGAUGAGAAGAAGAUCAUUCAGAGUGUGACUAGGUGUGAAGUGUCUGUGUGCUACAAGCCCGACAUCAUGACAGACCGGAGGCUGCGCAAGUCCCUCUCCACAUACACCGAACCCCUCCACCCAACCUUCUGCUCUCUGCUCUGCCUGCCGAUCGCCACCUUUACUGGGGCUCACCCGUGAGAAAGUUACCCUCCGCUGGAGGUCUUUUACUGGACCAAGUUUACCAGAGGUCUAGAUAUUUGUAAAGUUUUUCUUGUUUUAAUUAUUAUUAUUUGCUUUAUUUAUCAUUCAUGACGUCAUAUAUUGUCCCAGGGAAGUGGGUAAAUGUGCAAUAACUUUAAUAACUUAAACCUUGAAUAACAAUAACCUUGAAUCUGACAAAAACACAAGAUAGACAUAAUUAAUUGAUAAUAAUUAAUUUGAAUGAUGGGAAAAUGAGUCUCGUACCAGGCUUCUGGUGCAAAGUUCACACACACACGCACACACACACACACUUGCAUUUAUAGCUUAUAGUAAAGUAAUACUUCGUAUGUUAAUCUAAACAAAUACAAAAAUCUAUAAAGUAUAGUAAAUUAUUACCUAUGCAAAACGAAUCAUAAAAAGCGCUUUAAAAUACGAUGUAAUUCUAACCUUGUCUUUAAUAUAAUUACCGCUUUAUCACUCGUAUGGGGGGUUAGCCUAUAUGCCUCUAAGACAUUCCUGUUCGUGCAAAUUAAACAUUUGUUUUAUAUUGGCAGCUUUGUUUACUUUGAGAAUAUUAUCAGACACUUAUAUGCCGAAGAAAAUACACUAAAAAUGUUAAAGCGUUUUUCCGACUGUUGUUUCGCAAUGGUCUAACAUGCGAUAUGAGAUAAAUGAAAGAGCUGUAUUGUGAUGUAUUUUCAGAGUGAAGAUACUGUAUGAACUGUUUGCACAUAAUAAUAUGACAUAACAUGACUAUGUGAUUAAAUUCGACCCUUCGUAAGAAGUUUUAAUACAUUGAAUGCAAUAUAAAUGAUCAUCGAUGCAGCAGACCUAUUUUCGACACGAGACAAGCCGCACGAGCGUCGUGUCACGUGCAAAACGUAUCCUACGCCGCUCACCGGGAGCGCGCACUCGUAGAGUCACCGUGUCAACCGCAGCUUUGCGGCGGAUGCUGGGUUCUACGUUGAUAAACACUGAGCUGCAAGCAGAGCAGCGUUUUUCCCUCUGACAAAUAUGCCUUCAAACGUGCAUGUUAAAUACCUUUUUCAGAACAUCUGCCGGAAAUUAAACCAUGAUACACGGCUGACUCAUCCGUAUAGAUCUGCUGCAUUCUCAUCGUUUUUAGCUCCUUUUUUUAUCCAUACUGUGCGUGUUGAUCUCUGUAAAUACUGUAUAUAUACGUACUUGAUACUGUAAAGUACAUGUGCAUCUAGGCAUAGCUUACGUAAUGCGUAUUGUUCAUAAACUAACAUAUGUGUAUAUAGUGUAAUUUAUUGUGAUUACGCAUUUUUAUAACUUGUCCCAUUCCUAUUUAACUAACAGAAUCAAAUUCCAAACACAAGCUUAUCACAGGAGACAACGCAAAGGCACGCGCUCUAUUGUGCAGGUGCUGAUCACGGACACUUGCUACUUUAAAAGAAUCAUGACUUGCGGGAUGAAAAUAAAAUGCGGUACACGCAUGGUACAUCAUGAAGGAUUGUUUAUCAGAUUUUUAUGUAUGUUUUGAACGGUGUUGAUUUUUUUUUGUCGGUUUUCUUUCGGAGAAACAUUUCAUCAUUUUACCUAUAUCAUACGCAGUUAAUAUCUUUGUAAUGCACUUGCAUAUAGUUACCAGACUCAUCAUGACUGUUGAAAUGUUAAAUCUUUGAUCGGUGUAAGUAUUUUUUGUUUGUGUCUUAACAUGUGCUGAUGUAUUCUUGUUUUAGUGUCUCUAAAUAUAAACUGGGAUCCCAUUGAAUUUGCAUAAGCUUGACCCCUUCGGCAUGAUGGGGAAAUUUGGACCCCUCUGUAUUUGCUUACUGAACAUUAUUUAUGUUUAGCGGUCGUUUUUUCCCCCCCGUAUGCGUUUUUUCCCGCCAUUGAUGAUCGCGUGCUGAGAUAAUUACAUUGGCGGCAAAAAGGUGUCGGUUUUGCCAUCGUUUUUCAGGAUGUUUCUUAAAAUAGUUCCUGCAAGAGGAACCGUAAAUGGCUUAGCUAGUGACUGUAACCCUGCCUUCCAGUAAAUACCACACACAACAUGUCGUUGUUAUGUGGAUCUCCAGGCAUGUCAAACCAUAAACACUGUUAACUUGAGCCAAAUCAUUCAAAUGCCUUGAGUUCUCUUCCCACUUCGCACUGAGAAAUAGACCAACUUUUACUAUUUGUAUAAAUAUGGCAAGCCAAAAUGAACGUUUUGGGUAACCGUCACUGUAUUGCUGUUGUAACCAAUGUAUCUUCUCAAACUGCAGUGCAAUUCACAAGUGUACCUCUCUCUCUUAAAUAAAACUCAAUUACAUCACA